UCUGUGGACAUGUCGCUGCUGUGGUUACACAUGUCGGAAGUUAAGUGCACUGUCUCCAAAAUGCAGUGGAGACUCAGAGCUUAAUUUUUUUUUGUGUGUUGAAUAAUCAGCCAAGCUCGAUAGAAUGGCUGAUAUCUUUACUGAGCUAUUCGGUUCUGAUGCCGAGGAACUAUACCUUUUAGACUGCAUGUCUUACAUUAUGCUUUUUAUGGCCGGUGCAACAUUUUUAACUUUACUAUUUGAGAACGUCCCUUACGGCAGAUACGCGUCCAGCAAGUAUGGUUUUCCUGUCAACGUUAAAUUCGCGUGGUUUGUGCAGGAGUUACCUGCCUUUGUGGUGCCUCUGUACUUAGUGUUGGGGACAUCUGCAGCGCAGUUAUCUCAGCUGCCUAAUCGUUUAAUCAUCGCUAUGUAUUUCUGCCAUUACGUGCAAAGAUCUAUCAUUUACCCAUUUUUGAUUCGAGGAGGGAAGUCUACCCCUUUCUUUUCCUUCGCAUUGGCGUUUGUUUUCUGUGUGUACAAUGGGUAUAUGCAGAUACGACACCUGAGCCACUUCGCGGAGUACCCUGCGGAUUGGGUUACGCACCCUUUCUUCAUCUCAGGAGCUGUGCUGUGGUUAGUAGGAUUUCUUAUAAAUGUGCAUUCAGACCAUAUCCUGAGGAAUCUUCGUAAGCCUGGAGAAACAGGCUACAAGAUACCAGUGGGUGGCCUGUUUGAGUACGUAUCUGGUGCUAACUUCCUGGGGGAGAUCGUGGAGUGGUGCGGAUUCGCUCUGGCAGCUCACUCGAUUCAGAGUGCGACUUUUGCCAUCUUCACACUCAUCGUACUUUCCAGCAGAGCUGUAGCUCAUCACAGGUGGUACCUUGAAAAAUUUGAAGAUUACCCAAAAUCCAGGAAAGCUUUAAUACCCUUUGUGUACUGA